UUCUCCUUGGCCAGUCAGAUUUCUUGAUGGAAGUUUCUGGAACAGUAGGCUGGAACUCGGAAAACUCAGAUGUUGUAACAUCACUUUACUUUGUCACCAAUACCGGUAGCUACGGACCAUAUGGAAAUGGAGGCGGGACUCGUUUUCGAAGUCCGCUAAGAGCAAUGGUAGUAUUGUCGGCUUCUUUGCCAAUGCUGGAGACGUGAUUGACGCAAUCGGUAUCUAUUUUAGCCCAGAGAGGGAUACAAUCAAACAGAAGGUCGAAGGAGGUUCUGGGAUUUUACAUGGUAUGGCCAACAUAAUGUUUGAUGCUUCGAGAGAAAGGGUGGACAUAAAAUCUGAAUCUAAUGUCCUGGAGCAUACACUACUUGAUGAAAGCGUGGAGCUAACGAAUCUGCCGCUAGGACUUUUACAACACAUCACUGAGGAUUUUGCUGAUGCGCGACAAAUUGGUCGUGGUGGAUUCGGAAUCGUUUACAAGGGUGAUCUUCAAAACGGGAGCGUUGCUGUUAAAAGACUUCUGAACAGCCAUACAAUCGAAGAGGAGUCAUUUUAUCGCGAGGCUACUUUCCUGAUCAGUGUUAAACACAAAAAUAUAGUACGGUUACUAGGUUACUGUGCCAAUACAGAGAGUAAAGCGAUGAUAAAUCCAGAACCAGGGGAAACACCAAAGUUUAUUUUUGCAGAGAUAAGAGAAAGAUUACUUUGCUUCGAGUAUAUCAACAAAGGAAGCCUCGACAAAUAUCUUGCCGAUGAAUUAAGGGGACUUAAAUGGCAUACCCGUUACCAAAUUAUUAAAGGAAUUUGCAGCGGCUUGGAGUAUCUUCAUAAGGAAAAGGGUAUUAUUCACAGGGAUCUUAAACCUGCCAAUAUACUGCUUGAUGAUCUUAUGGUACCAAAAAUAACAGAUUUUGGUAUAUCAAAACUACUCGAUGGAGUAACACACAUUGUCACUAGUAACUCCGCAAUUUCACUUGGGUAUUGCGCUCCGGAAUUCAUAAAGCAUGGUCAGGUGUCAAUCAAGUCAGAUAUAUUCAGUUUGGGAGUUAUAAUUACAGAACUCGUAACUGGAUGUAAGGGCAACCUUGACAUUCAAAAUGUACUUAGAAGGUGGAGGUACAGGUGGAAUAAAUCAGUGAAUUAUCCACUAUUUGGAUACCAGCAGGUAACUAAAUGCAUUGAAAUAGCGCUAAAGUGCUUGUUAGACUCUCCAAAGAAGAGGCCUAAAAUAUCAGAUAUAGUCAGUAUGCUUAAUGCAUUGGAAAAUACGAAUGAGCACAUCAACAAUGUUGGUGACUCGCUAGUUGGCCCGAUAAGCCCUUACCCGUGGGAGCUGCUUGAGUUUGAUAGGCUUGAGCUGAAUUUUCCCUUCGAGAUAAACAAGCCGAUACCGUGUUCACUUCAGCUAACCAACAUAACCAAUGAUUAUGUUGCCUUUGAUGUCGAAAUGACAGGCUCACUGCAAUACUGCAUAGAGCUGGAGAAAUGUGUUGUGCCGCCACGAUCCAAGUGCAAUAUCAUGGUAACACUGCAAGCGCAAAAGAGGGCGCCACAUGCGACGGUGUGCAAGGACGAGUUCUUCAUUAUGCGGUGCGUCUCCGUGAAUGAGGGCCUCGGUGCUGAGGAUAUCAACAUAGACAUGUUCAAUGAGGAGUCGGGUAAAGAGGUCGAUGAGGUGACCUUGAAGGUUGUUGUUAUUACAGAAUUAUUGGUGAACUAAAUUGUGAUUGACAAUUACAAUCUCCAUGCCAAAACAGACUCCAUCCAAAUGUGACAUAAA